UAGCAACAGGUAACGUCAGCCUAACUUCCAGCAAACCAUAGCUUUUUUUUACAAAAUAUAAAUGCUGAAAGUGAGAGGAAAGUCGGUACCAGGAAAGAUCAUUUUUAUGCUAUGCACCGCCAGUUUUCUUGCCGGAUCACUCUUCACCAGACACACGUUGCCUUACUCCAAUGAUUUUCGUUUCAACAAUCAUGAACAGAAGUUGCGAUUAACAACAUCUCGAGAUGGUGACCACAAGCGUUUUGUUAAUUCCUACAAGAAAUUGGUAGAAGAGAAUUCAAGAGACAUUAUGGCAGAAGUCACUAAAACUCAUCAAGCCAUCCGAUCAUUAGACAAAACAAUAUCAACAUUAGAGAUGGAACUAGAAGCAGCUCGUACGACUCUAAAUGGAGCCAAAUUUCUGCCAGAGAGGGUGCCAGUUAACAAGACAUCUCUACCGAAAGCGUUUGUCGUCAUUGGUAUUAAUACCGCGUUUAGCAGCAGAAAGCGUAGAGAUUCUGUUCGAGAAACAUGGAUGCCUACUGGAUCAAAGCUAAACAAACUGGCAAAAGAAAAGGGAAUCAUAAUAAAGUUUGUUAUAGGACAUAGUGCAACACCUGGUGGUGUUCUUGAUCGCGCCAUUGACAUCGAGGAGGAAAAGUAUCGCGACUUUUUAAGGUUAGAUCAUGUCGAGGGCUACCAUGAGCUUUCCAUGAAGACAAGGUUGUUUUUUUCGACAGCAGUAUCCACUUGGGAUGCAGAGUUUUAUGUCAAGGUAGAUGAUGAUGUCCAUGUCAAUUUGGGCAUGCUUGUAACUUCACUUGGACGUUACAGAUCUAAACCAAGAACCUAUAUCGGAUGCAUGAAAUCUGGCCCCGUGCUCUCUCAAAAAGGGGUGAGAUAUCACGAGCCAGAGUAUUGGAAAUUUGGGGAAGAAGGGAACAAGUAUUUCAGGCAUGCAACGGGACAAAUUUACGCCAUCUCAAAAGAUUUAGCAGCAUAUAUUUCUAUCAACUCGGAUAUAUUGCAUAGGUACGCUAAUGAGGAUGUUUCUUUAGGGUCUUGGUUAAUUGGGUUGGAUGUCCAACACAUCGACGACCGUUCCAUGUGUUGUGGAACUCCUCCAGAUUGUGAAUGGAAGGCACAAGCAGGGAACGUUUGUGUGGCUUCAUUUGAUUGGUCAUGCAGCGGAAUAUGCAAGUCAGCAGAGAGGAUGAAAUUUGUUCAUAAUUCUUGUGGAGAAGGAGAUGGAGCUGUUUGGAAUGUUGAUCUUUAAAGAGAACCCAAUCUUGACACAAGAGAAAAAAUAAGCAAACAUUAGGAAUGAUGCUGGCAUUUGGAUCAAAACAUAAUGUUUAAUUUUUUGUAUGCAUCUCUUUCAAAUGCUUUCCACAUUUUCAUAAUCUCUUGUAUUGGAAUGUUUUUAUGGGUUGUGAUCAAUAUAAGACAAAAACUAAACGGGUCAACCCAAAAUGGAUUUUGUCAUGUGGGUUAUAAUCUUUAUCUUGAA